AUGUCCACCCAAGAAGAAUUCAGAAUGGAGCAGUUAGCAAUCAUUUUAAAGAAUCAAGCCAAAAUAUCAGAAAUUGAAGAUUCAAUUCAGUGUAUGCAGGAGACUUUAAAUAUGUUACUCAAACAAAUGAAGAUAUCACAGUCAUUUCCAACAGAUUCACCAGAGGUCUUAAAAGAAGAAAUUGUGGAGAUUUUUCAAAAUGAAGCUCAAGUAAAAGAUUGGGACAGUUAUUCUCACAUCAGAGAGGCAAAAAUAGAAUAUGACCGUAAAGAGACACAGGACGUAGAAGAACUUUGCCCACUUUCAGAUUUAGAGAAUGCUAUUCCCCAAGAACCAAAUUUAGAACUUCAACAGAGCAAGACCUAUCAGAAAUUUCCACCUUUGCACAAUAAAUAUUCCAACAACCUCUGGAAGGAUGAAAGACUCCUGAAACUGGUUAGAAGUGUAUUUUCAGAAGAAUGGUAUUAUUAUGAAAUAAAAGGAAAUCAUCAACUGCUUCAAGAUUUACCUGGUGGAGGAGCCAGUAACUUGGAUUUCAUCCUCACUGAUGUUGGAACAGAAGCAUUUUUGAAUGAAGGCCCCUGGGAGUCCAGAUACGGCCAACUUGGAUAUAAACUCAGAAUCAGUAUAUACAAUGAAGACAAAAAAGGACUGAGAUGGGCUGAAAAGAAAAUACCUGGAUACAAACCCUUUUCAAGGGGGAGGAAAUCUGUUUUUGGUCCCAUGCAAGAGGGAACUCAAUCAAACAACUGA